UCAUCACUUUCUGGGACUCGCUGUCGAGCAAGGCAAAUGGCCUCUGUGUUCACUAGCUCAGUCCUGUCGGUACCUAACCAACGCCCUGUUCCCAAGACGAUACCCAGUCAGGGCGAGUCGAGCGCUCUGCGUGCUGUGGAAGGUACAAGGCAGACAGUCAACAGCGCGCUCGCAAAGGAUGUGCAGGACACGCAGGCUGAUUUGUAUUCAGUGUUAAGUAAUGCGCCCGCGGAGUAUACGACGCUGAGGAACGAGUCCUGGCUCCCAUAUUUUGUUAAACACGAAAUCAGGCCGCCACCGGAUAUAGACGCUGGUUUCCAGGAUGGUGUCUCCUACCGGAUGGGGCUAUUACCCCAGAUGAACCUUGCGUGGUGGGCAAGUGGCAGCAGAGUCGUAUUAUGGGACUACUUGUUACCAGCGCCUAACAACUUAACCGUACUGGCCGAUAUGGAAUAUCCAGUCACCUCUGUUGCCCUCGUAAAACCCCGACGAAAUGUUUACCAAGCCACUGUCUCCUGGGUCCUCCUGGUCGUAACCUCCGCACGUAUCAUCUUCCACGCACUUCAUCAAUCCACUCUCCCGUCCAACCUCACUAGUGGCGCUCAAUCCCAGCCCUGGGAGAUCUACGACAGCGAUCUAUCCGUCGACACCACCUCUUACGGGGAGAUGACAAGCGUGUGCGGAACAGACGACGGGAGGAUCUUCAUGUGCGGUGCGAGGGACGGGUGUGUGUACGAGCUGGUGUAUAGGAGGACAGAGAGCUGGGGGGUCAUACCUUUCGUUACGCGAGGAGCGAGGUAUGAGCUCUUGAAUCGAAGCGUGCCUAUGGGAACGUCGCUUUAUCCCGCGUUCCUGCUAGGAGGCCCGAAGCACGACCUCGUCCGCCUGCUUGCUGUGGACCCAAAGCGGAACGUCUUAUAUGCGCUCACAAACCAAGAAGACAUCUCCGUCUACUAUCUCGGCACGCCCACCCCCGCGAAUCAGGAAGCAAGCCUGCACUUCAGCGCGCCCUUCACAGCCAAGAACAUUUAUACCACCGCACUGACGCAGUCCCCCUCCAACCCCGGGCUGCCCAAUAAGCAAUCCUUCCAUAUCGCCUCUCUUGUACCUACUCUGCCUCAGGAAAGCAAGUACAUCCACCUGAUCGCCGUAACCACCGCUGGGCUGCGUCUGUACUUCACCUUCUUCCGCCGGAACUUGUAUGUCAUCAGCAGCCCGCCUUACCCGACGCCAAACGGUGCACCCGCAGCCCUGGACCUUAUGUUCAUCCGCUCUCCACCUGCAAUACCAUAUGACGCUGUUGUCCCGCGCACAGACCCGACAUGGUACGGCCGUCAAAGACCAACGCAGCCACAACAACCCCAAGGGUACACAUUCUCCUUCAAUCAAGUGAACAGCGCUACUCUCUGUUCCUCCGACUUCCUGAUCGGUCAAGCGCUGCCCAAAACAGGCGCAUCAGCCUUCUCCAAAGCCGUUGUUCUCGCCUGCUCGCCCGAUCUUGGCCGGCUCUUCAGGUACAAUGCUGACCCUAACCCGAUGUCUGGCGGUUCGGGGCUGUACAGUACUCUCUCACCCGCUCAGCGCCCACCUCUCACAGAAUCGUGGACCGUCCUCCCGCUCGACGGGCUCACGCACGGUAUUGCCCCCCUGUCUACGCCCGCAUUCAUCCUCUACGCUCCAGACAGCGCCAGCGUAACCAGCGAGAUGCUGAGCAUGUUCACCGCCCCUGCACAGCAGUAUGUCGUGCUCACCACCGCGGCGGCGUAUGUGCUCCAGCACCGAAGACCGGUGGACGUCCUUCGCGCUCUGGUAGAACGAUCCAGCCGGUCGGGGAGCGAAGAUGAUGUUCAGCAAUUCCAUGAUGUUUUUGGAAAAGACCAGAGCUGCGCCAUGGCCCUUGCUCUAGCUUGCGGGAACACGCUCACCCUCCGGGACUGGACGCCGCCUAACGUGCCUACUAAUGCGGGGCAAGUGAGCACCUUGAGCAGGUACUCCAUGUCCUUCGAGCCGCAGAUGCAGGGGCAGGGCGUGGAGCUCCUUGCUGGGAGGCUGUUCCAGCGAUGGGGCGGACAUCCGAUUAGGCUCAGGAUGGGGACCACACAGGAUGAGGGGACGAUGUUGUUUAGCGGGAAGUACCAGGGGUUGACCAUCUAUGUUAGUAGGCUGAUGAGGCCGCUUUGGAAAGAGAAAGUUGCUGCUGUCGUUGCAGGCAAAUUCCAGACAAAUGUGACGAUGAGCACGCUCUCCCAAGUUCAGACAGAACUGACAAACCUCAACCUCUUCAUGGACCGCGAGAUGGGCUUAUUCGAGAUCUUUACUUCCGACGGGCCGGCAGACGAUGUCGCCCGUGAACGAGAGCUCGCGGCGUGCAGAUCGCUCAAAGCGUUGGUUUCUCGCACUAUUGAGGCUAUCGCCUUCGUCAUGCUCAUGAUCGACUUUGGGCUACAUGAUGUUAUGCUCCAAUGUGAUCAGCGAGUGCGCGAUUUGCUCCCCAAGAUGAGCUACGAGGAGCUGCUGGUUACGGAACAGGGGACGGAAGCGGCUCGCGCGCUGGUCAAUGCGAUUAUCAAUCAUCAGAUCUCCCAGCAACGGAGUGUGGAUGCGGUCAGCGACGUGCUCCACAAAAAGUGCGGAUCGUUCUGCAGCCCAGAGCAGGUCGUCGUAUACAAGGGCUAUGAAAGCAUUCGCCUAGCACGGCAAGAGCUUACGGCUCAACGCAUCACCCACCUGCAAGAGUCCCUGCGGCUGUUCUCCCAGGCGGCUCGUGCACUCACACCAGAGAAGCUUACCGAAUACUGCAAAGAAUACUGCGACCUCGGAUUCCCUCAGGGUGCGAUCGGACUUCCUCUUGUCUGUGCGAGAGAAUGGGAUGCCUUCUCGGAAGGCGCCGCUUACUUCGCAGCUGGCAAGCCGCAGAAUGAUCCCCGCUCGUAUCGCUAUGCACAGAGGGAAGCGGCAUAUAAAUGCGCUUUGGACAGCCUGAAGAUGUUCGACGACCGGGUACAGCAGGCUGCUGACCCUGCGGUUGCAGAUGCGGACCGGCUUCGCAAUGCUGCUUAUGCGCUUGCGCUCCAGUCGGAGGACGAGAUCUUCCACUAUAGCUUGUAUCAGUGGUUUGUAGAUAAUGGGCAGGAGACGCGAUUGCUCGAGUUGCACACACCUUUCAUCGAAAUUUUCCUCACGCAACCUCCACCUCUGCUAUGGAAGCACGAGCUCUUAUGGCAAUUCUACGUCCGCAACAACCGAUCCACCGAAGCCGCAUAUAUCCUCAACGAGAUGGCUUACAGCACAGAUGACUCCCUCACCCUGGAGCAGCGGAUAUCGUAUCUCUCUCGAGCGGUGAGCAAUGCCAAGUCGUUGUCUGCCCCGGCACCCGUAGGAGAUCAAAGCCCCGUCGAAUUCCUGACGGAUCUUGAAGAACGGCUGGAAGUCGCUCAGUUGCAAGCUGAGACCUACUCUCGAUUGCAACAACAGCUCGGGAGAGACACGGCUUCUCUCGAUGCCCUGAAGAAGCUAGGGUCUCAGCUAUGGACCAUUACCGAUCUAUGGCAGCAAUUUGCAAUGCCAUACGAUAUGGACUUCAUCAAGCUUCUCAUUCUUCAUGUUUCAAACCAUUCCGAUCUUAAUCUUGUUAUGGGAACAUGGCGGAGGAUCUUUGAGACAGCGAAAGAGACUGCUGCAUCUCAGGGCAGAGCGGCCCACGAUUAUAUUGCCGAUUCCGUUGUGCGGUAUGGCCAGCGACUAUACCCGUCUAAUGUUGCAUUCCCCUUGGAUCUGCUACUUGAUGAACUGCUACGAUACCAAUACGAAAACAAGGAUACCGCCUCGAUUCCAUCGGCAUGGGCAUGCAAAAUGUUCGUCGAUGUCCAAGUCGACUGGCGAACGCUAUUUGACCUCCUCGAGGCUAUCUAUGCCGAUCACUCUUCCCCGCCAUGGAGCACGCCAGAAGGACAAGAAUUCCUGCGCCUUGAGAUUGCUGAAUAUCUAUCGCUUUGGUUCAUAAAAGAGUCCAGCCCUGGUGCAUUACAAUCAUCAACAGAAUUCCCGGUGUCCUUCGUGGACCAGAAGGUUGGAGAGUACAUGAACGUGCAGACUUCAGAGCUGGGUCGCAAGAUCCUGUUGGAGCUGAGCAAGGCUCUCAGACGUAUCUACUGAUGCACAAUGACCACAUAUUACACUAAUUGCAUAAUGUAAUC